AUGGAUAUCCUCCUCUCCCUCCCCAUAGUGUCCUACUUCCUUGCCCCCUCCAUAACCUCCUGGACGACCUCCCUCAACCUCCUCUUCUUCUACAUGACCUGGACGACUCUCGUCCUAUCCCAUGGUCCCCUCAAGAUUCAGCUCCUCGGCGAACUUUCCAUCCGCCUCAUCCUCUGGCUCCUCCCCUCCCUCGCCUUCCUCCUCUUCGACACCCUCCUCCCCUCUGUAUCAGAAUCGAUCAAGACCGCUGGCGCCGCAGCUCUCCCGCCAGCCCACGGCGUAACUCUGCUCAAGACCCUCGGCCUUGCCCUAUUCAAUCUCGCCCUAUCCGCCGGCCUUAAGGGUGGCACAAGCCUGGCGUACGCCUCCUACUUCCGCGAACCCCUCUUCCGCGCGUCCACAGCUCUUCCGCUACCGUUCCAGCUCCUGAAGCACAUGGCCUUCCUCAUCACCGCCCGUGAGGUCCUGACGUACUACAUCCACACGCGCGUCCUGCACUCCCGCGGCCGCCGCCUCGCCUCGACGCGCAUCGGCAAGCUCCACGCCUCGUACGCCCACACCCGCGCCGCGCCGCCGUUCUCGCUGAUGCUCUUCGCCGACCACCCAAUUCCGUUCCUUCUCCAUCGCAUCGUGCCCAUCUUCGUUCCCGCCCUCAUCCUCCGCCCUCAUCUGCUGACGUACUUUCUCUUUAUCGGCUUUUGUACCACCGAAGAGACUAUGGCCAUGUCUGGGUACAGCGUCGUCCCCGGCAUCGUCAUGGGUGGGAUCACGCGCCGGACGGCGAUUCAUUACGCCGGUCAGGGGGCUGGGAAUUACGGUGCUUGGGGCGUGUUGGAUUGGGCGCAUGGCACGAGCGAAGGACAGGAUGUGAUUGAUGAUAUGCGUGCCGAGGCGGAGAAGCACCGGGUCAAGGAGCGCAGUGAGAGGGCGGCCAACACUGGGGUCGGAUUUGUGCGGGGUGGCAUUCAGGAGAUGAAGAAGGGUCGGGGACGCAAGGGGAAGAAGAGCAACUGA